UUUUAUGUAGAGGGCGCAAAGUGCUUGUAGCGAAAGAGUUUUCAGCAAAGAGAAAAAAAAGAUUUCUUUUGUCAGAGAAAUAAAAUUCACAAAUAAAAUAAAAUCAAUUCCAAGAAGUUUAGAAUAGUUUUGAAGACGUGUAACUACAAAAUAUUUCUGUUUUGACCGCUACAUUUGAGAAAAAUAAAAGCACAACUACAUUAAUAUUCAAAAUAAAUCCAACAAACAUUCGCUGUAUAAUAAUUCCACCGUACAAAAAAAAAUUAAAGGGAAACUGCUCAUAUUCAUAAAUUGAUCUUCAGACAGAGUAAGAGAGAGAGAGAGCUAAGCAGAACACAGAGAAAGAGUGAGAGAUUCAGUGGCAAGACAACGAUAACCAGGUCUUUACAAAGUUUGUAUUUGUAUGUGUGGAUUCAAUCGCGUUCGAUUGAUGUGCGUGUUUUGUAUCAAUGGCAAAUUUGAACUUUCAACAACCGCCUCGAAGUAUAGCAAAUUCAUCAUUAAGUAAUCGGGGAGGCAGCAUCGGUGCUGCUUUUGGUGGUGCAGUAAAUUCGGGGCAUGUAACACCAACGUCCGGAAUGUUUCAACAGAAUAAUGCAGGUUUCGGUCCGCCAUCACAACUGUCACCCAAUCGGAGUGCCGUACAACUUGGUGGUGUGUUCAAUCAGACGCUCGGUGGCAACAAUGCCGGCAAUACAAAUCAACAAGCGCGUGCAAAUCUUUUUGGGCAACGAACAAUGAAUGACCGAAGGCAAAUGCAAAACCUUGGACAAAUGACAUCGAUGGGCUCGUUCAUGCCGUCAAGAGGUUAUGUCGGCCAAAAUAGCAAUAGUGGGUUGAGUUUUCACUCUGUGUUUGGCAACAAUGAUACUGGUACACCGCCACUGUUAGAUCUCUCUGAAUUUCCAUCGCUAACAAAUGCACGAGGGAAUGAUUCAAUGCCACAAUCGAACAUUAUCCAAACACCGGGAAGUAAACCAUACGUGGGUAUGGUGAAGCAACCAACUGCCGAACAAACGGAAUUUCAAAUGUCCAACGAAGACUUUCCAGCGCUGCCAGGAACUCAAUUAAAUGAUUUGAUGUCGUCAUCAUCAUCACAACAACUGAAUUUGAAUCAUAAUAUUGGCGGAACAGGUGUUGGUAAUAGCGGAGACAAUAUGGAUUGUGCAAACGGCUCACGAGAAAUUGAUAGCAAGUCACAUCAUCAUAUGUCUGUUGAUAUGCAAGGCGAUUCAUCGUCGGCUCAAGACAAGGCAUUUAAACGUGGCAUUCAAACAUCACCCGACGGAAUGGUCACAAAUAUCCCAGCAAGUAUGGUAAACAAUCAAUUCGGUAUGGUUGGUUUGUUAACAUUCAUUCGAGCGGCGGAAUCAAAUCCAAAUUUGGUGACGUUAGCAAUGGGACAGGAUCUGACAAGCUUGGGAUUAAACUUAAACUCGCAAGAAAAUCUCUAUCCAAGUUUUGGCGGUCCAUUCUCAGAUCAACCCGGCCGGCCACAAGAUAUAGACUUUCCCGUAAUACCGGAAUACUUGGUUAACACGUCAAUUAGAGAUAAACUGUCAACAUUGUCACUGAAAAAGUAUAAAGACGAAUUACUCUUCUUUUUGUUCUAUACAAAUGUGGGCGAUUUCAUGCAAUUGGCUGCCGCUGCCGAACUGCAUAGUCGAGAUUGGCGAUAUCACACGGAAGAAAAGGUGUGGAUAACACGCGUACCAGGUCUCAUAUCGCAUUACGAAAAGCAUGGUGUAACGGAACGAGGUACAUUUUACUACUUCGAUACACAAAGCUGGCGGAGAGUACCGAAAGACUUUCAGAUCGAUUCAACCAAACUGGAAAAGUGUCCAAAUUUAAAUGCGUACAUGAGUAUAAGCGGACAGUCCGUAUGAAAUACUGCACGCAAAUUGUAUCCAUACUCAAACAUGCGUUGAAAAACAACAACAAACAUGGAAAUAUUGAUAAAGAAGAAAAAAACAAGAAAAAUGAUACGAGCCAAUCACAACAAACCCCGUAAUUGGGGCAUCAUUUUUAAAAUUUCAUAUGAUUGAAUAUCAAACAAAAAAUUGAAAAUCAAAUGAAAAUGAGCAAAAAAAAGUGGAAAAAAAUAAAAUAAAUCAA